AGUGAAAAACUUUCUCUUAUCACACCAAUAAGGGUCCGAAGAAAUUCCACUCCGCGUUUUCCAUUUAACGGUCGCUCCUCACAGUCUGUGUUCGUCAGAUCGUUUCAUCGACAUGUAGAUGAAACACAGACUACUUGCUGUCUACUUGCCGUUCUGUGACCAUAAGCGGUUCUUGUAAAAACAUUCUGCUAAUUAAUCAACAAAAUUUAAACAACUGAACUACGGGAUGCGCAAAGGGACAAACUGCUCGUGGUUUUUCAAACCGCGUUUAUAUGGAAGUUAUUUCAUGUCUGACAUUGAGAUCUCUGGCAAAAAUUAAGAUUAUACCUUGCAGAUAUACUAUUCAUGGAUUCAUGGCCCUGAAAUAACGGACUUUGGAAUGUCGUGACUAACCAAUCAGAAAGUAUUGCACAGCUGACUACCUGACUGUAUAUUAAACACUACUUAUACCAUGGUGUUUUUGAAAACUCGAUUCUGAUUGGCUGGAAGUUGUGCAUUAAAACCGUUCAACGCGCAGGUAGCUCCAGUGUUUAAUUAAAAAUCUACCAAGAUGUCGGAAAAGAAGCUGUCGUCCAGUCGGAAGCAUCAUUUCAAGAGUUUGAUGCUCGCCAUCGCUAAAGGUUUACUAGAACAAGAAGAAAAAGAUCGAGAAGUGGAGAAGAAGAGAUACAUGGCAGAGACAUGCCAAGCUCUGUCUCUACCUGGAUCUAUGCAGGCAUUACAGGAACUAUGCAGGGAACUUCACCAUAAGAUCGAUGUCAUCGAUGAGGAGCGGUACGAUCUGGAAUUGAAAGUGAACAAAAGUGCAAAAGAGAUUGAGGACUUGAAUAUCAAGGUGAUCGACCUGAAGGGCAAGUUCAAAAAACCGGUGUUGAGGAAAGUGCGCAUGUCUGCUGACCAGAUGCUUCAGGCUCUUCUGGGGUCCAAGCACAAGGUCUCUCUGGAUCUCAGAGCCAACCUGAAACAAGUCAAGAAGGAGGUCAAAGAGGAGGAUAAGGAACUGCGUGAUGUUGGUGACUGGCGUAAGAACAUCGAGGAUAAGGCUGGCAUGGAUGGCAGGAAGAAGAUGUUUGAAUCCGAAGCUUAAAAUCUGUUUUUAGUUCUGCGUUCAAGUAUAACUGGCAUAAAAACGUAGAUGUUUAAGUGCCAGAAAUAUCUAAUAUUAAAGGCCCUUCAUUCGCUUUUUAUUUUCCGGAAUACAUGUUAUAAAUCUGAUUUCUCAGUUGUUUGUUAAGUAUUCAGAAACAAGCAUUCUCUAUCCAUGUACUACUGUGUUACACAAAUAACAAUAAAAACUUUAAGCAUUA